AGUGCAGCGGUGCGGGGGGAAGGCGCUGGCCGCCUGCAACAUGGCGUGCGGUGCAAGCCUGGCCGGGUCUGCAGGAGCUCCGCGCCUCUCGCACGUUGCCAACCCGCGGCACACGAUAUGAUGCCGGAAAAUGGACAAUUCUUCGGGCACGUCUGAUAUCAAAUGGAGCUCGGUGUCUCUACCGCUAGACAUGGUCGUCGGCAAAUUCCGGCUACCGACCCUGGCACGGCUGAGUCAAGGAGAAUACGUAGAAGGAUUAACUGAACACGAUCUACUCCUAAUCCACUCAUGUCGGCAGUGGACCACAGUGACAGCUCACAGCUUGGAGGAAGGCCACUAUGUUAUUGGACCAAAAAUCGACAUCCCUUUACAAUACCUAGGGAAGUUUAAAUUGCUGGAGCAGGAUCGAGAUGUCAGGGAGCCUGUGCAGUAUUUUAACAGUGUUGAGGAAGUGGCCAGUGUUUUUCCAGAUCGUGUUUUCGUUAUGGAGGCAAUAACGUUCAGCGUGAAGGUGGUCUCUGGUGAAUUCAGCGAAGACAGUGAGGUGUAUAACUUCAUGCUGCAUGCUGGCGAUGAGCUGACACUGAUGGGCCAGGCUGAGAUCCUCUGUGCCAAGACUGUGAAAGAAAAGUCCCGCUUCAACACGAUAUUGCGAAAGCUGGGCAAGAGCACCACGUUGAGCAAACAGGUGAAAGGCAAGAUGCCAUGCCUCAUCUGCAUGAACCACAGGACUAACGAGAGCCUUAGCCUUCCCUUCCAGUGCCGAGGAAAGUUCAGCACUCGCAGCCCCCUUGAGAUCCAAAUGCAGGAAGGGGAGCACACAAUCCGCAGUAUCAUUGAAAAGGUUCGGCUACCGGUCAACGUCACUGUUCCCUCUCGUUCGCCCCGCAAUUCUUAUGAUCUACAUUGCAUCCGUGAAGGGCAUCGCUAUAAGCUUGUCAGCAUCAUAUCGAGGACUGUGGUCUUGUGCUGCAUCAUCCGCAAGGAUGACAUUAUCCCCUUGCACUUUCUGCUGCUUUCAGAUAUGCCCAGGUUUGUGCUACCCGAAGGACUGUUAAGAGGCAACCCCAUGUACGAGAAGUUGGUUCAGGAAAUAACUUUAUUUAGCCAGGAGCAUUUCAAUGCUGACGAGUACUCCAAGGCAGUCCGAGAGGUCAAGACGGACUUUACGGAUGAUUGCACCAGUCCAAGGAGAAUCAGGGUUUGUUUGCAGGGAUAUUCGGCCAAUUCAAUGAAUUAUGCCCGGGAGGAACUAACCCAGUCGUUUCAGAAGCUCUCCAUGUGCGCUUUCACCGGCGCCCUGUUACAUAGCAAUGGCGAGGUGACCUUUCAGGGUUGCCGCGAUUCUAUCGGGGAGCAGCAUAUAAUGCCGCAUGAGUUACUGACUCCGCCAGACAUGGUUGACGUGGAUGGAGAAUACAUGACUCCUGACUGGGCAGAAAGUUAUUUUCAGACUCGGGACCAACCAGAGAUUCCCUAUGAGGAGCUGUGGAGCAAUCAAAGCACCGAUAAUUCCAAGGAUUCCUAUGGCAGGUUGAUGGAGACUGAGAAUAAAACUCAACAAGGCUCCAUUGCUUUCUACUCUCAUUGCUCCUCCUCCUCGUACGAGGAUCCUGUUUUCUCAUCGCAUUUGGCUAUUUUACAAAGAGGAGACUCCAGCGUGCCAAGUCCACCUCCAGUGCCUCCGAAAUCAGAAGCUGUGAGUAUCAUAGCAACUGGAUCAAGUGUGAAAGAGGAAUGUCGACUUCUAAAUGCUCCCCCUAUUCCUCCACGUGGUACUAAGGGUGCUCUGACAUCCAGCCCACCAGUUCCGCCUCGGUUUGCAAAAGCACAGCUCCAGCAGGCCCAUUCACCAAGCCCUAGCCUGUCUUAUUACUCGUCUGGCCUUCAUGACAUCCCUGGAACCCGCAGUGGCAGCUGUUCACCAUCCCCAGACACGUACUCCCUUUACUGUUAUCCGUGCACCUGGGGAGACUGCAAGGCUACAGAUUCUUCCAAUCGUCCGUUGUCAGGGAAUAUUUCGUCGAAUAUCCAGAAUGUACAGACUUCCUGGUCGGAUCCAUGGGGAUAUUCAAAUAGUGUUCAAAGUGUGAUUAGUGGGCGAUCCACACCAAAACUAUCCGGAGACACUUCCUUCAGAAGUUAUUACAGUUGUCCUCGAUUGAAGCCACCAAGCUCUCAGAAGCGGUUUGCACCCUUUGGAGCAUUAAACCCAUUUGCCAACUCUACCUACACAUCCAGUCCAUCAGCAACAGAUUGGUUAGAAUCUUCUGAUCAUUACAAGUCCCCAUCUGCUACGCCAGAGCACUUUGAUUCAAUUGGUCUUUCUGUCAGCCGUAGCUCUACUCCUGAUCCAGUCUCCGGAGAUAUGAGGUACAAUCAGGAGUACCGACACUGCGUGCAGGAUUCAUUGUACAAACAGUCUGAGAGCAUAUCUUGCCCUGUCCCACCACCGCGGCCUCCAAAGGUUUGUGAUUCAGACAAUACCAUCAUCCAAAGUACAGCGUCUCUUUCUCCCACUGUUGUAAGAGGUGCUGAGGGUGGUGUAACAAGGGUCUAUCUCACCCAGGGUGUUAUUGAAGCUCCUCCAGCAUCGUCUCGGAGUAAUGCAGAGAUAGCUGUCUCCCUCCCUUCAUCUAAUACAUCGGGUAUGCCCAGAUUAAAUGGUAGUGACUUGUAUUGGCACCCACCAUCUGACCUAUCUACUCUUUCUAUGGAAGAAGUCUCCAGAUGCCUAAGAUUCAUUGGCCUUUCAGAGGAUGUGGUGACAUUCUUCGUUCGUGAGCGCAUUGAUGGGAAUAUUUUCGUUCAGCUGACUGAGGAGAUUCUGUCUGAUGAUUUUAAACUCACAAAACUACAAAUGAAAAAGAUCAUGCAGUUUAUCAAAGGCUGGAGACCUAAGAUUUAACCUACCGGCAAUUCCUUGUUUUUUAAGUGGGUAAAGGUUUAACUCUUUAACUUGUAGAAGAAACUUCUAAUAAUUUGAAAGACAUGGUGAACAGCACCUCCGGAUGUUUAAAAUGAUCCAAUAUAUUUGUUGGCCGUUUAUGUUAUGUACUGUGAAGAAUGUGUUAUCAAACUGUAGUAUCCGUUGUUGGACUCUUUGCUACCCUUUCCCUUCAAAUUAUCAAAAGUAUUAACUGCAUAAUUUACUAGGUGCAAAUAUGAGUUAAAGAGUUAAAUUAUUGUUGAACUGCAGUUAAUGCUGCCUUGUUGGGACUAGAAUAGUCUUCAAGUUUGGAAUCUUCAGUUUAUCCAAACGCAGCCUGUUUCCAUAAAUGUUUAAAGUGCUUCAACGAUGGAAUGUUGAAACACAAUUUCCAGUUUUUAAAAUUUUUUAAUCACUUAACUACUACUGUUUGUGUUACUAAGGAUGAAUUAGAUUAAUGGUGGAUAAAUUAUUUCUAAUAUUUACAGAACAUACUAAUAAAACUGUGGGAUUCUAUUAAAUAAAUAUUUUUGUGUUACCUAC